AUGCCAUCCCGCCCUUGUUUCGCGGACAGGUCUGCUUCGCCUGUGACCGAUGAAGUCCUUCCGGUCAAUACGGUGGACUUUACUUUUGCAUGUGCAGAUGACGGCGUUGAUGAUGCUGCAGGCCCAACAGCCACUAGAAGCGAGGAGGAGACCACCAUAGCGGAGGAUACCCAAGCCUCCGAUGGGUGGUGCAUGUCCAACUCGUCAACUGCUGUUGGGGCUGACGUGAAGAUAUUCAGGCGAGAGGAGCAUCGUCCAGAGAUGGAAUCGACCGUGGAUCCUUUUGAGGUGAAGAGAAUUGAGACUCGAAAGGAAGUCGAGGAGUUGGAGCCGAGUUUCGCAGAGGAGGCAGAUCCAAAGACGGCCUCCGAGACCUCUGCCGCGGCCUGGGGUACUCUGGACGAAGACCAUUUCUCGGAAGGACUGGAUGCACGAAAAAGUGUGCCAAGAGGGCGGAGGAAAGAGGCGAAAGAGGCCAGAAGGCAGAGGAAUCGUGGCCGUAGUACAAGUUACCAAGAUGCUCUUGAUUGUCUUAGACUUCAGGCUGGACUAGGCAUGGAACUCACUGUUUGCCGAUGA